GUUGAAUAUGCCUAUAACCAUUUUUUCAGUGCAAUAGUUCGUGUCACCUACAAAUAAUGUCAAAUAUGUAUUUGAUGGCACCUUACCUAGUAGCAUUUAUGUGUGGCUUUUUGCAUAUUAAAGGAAAUAUAAGGAAUAAUUGGAGGAAAAAUGUUGGUCAUGAGCUUUUUUUUAUUAAUUUUUUUUGCAACCAAAUUUCAGGCAUAAGAGCGGUCUUGUUUUAAAAUGUUCAAAUUAGUAUCAAAUAAAAUUAGGGUAUUUGACGUGUUGAAGAAGUGUAGCAAUAUUUAUACCUUCUUAUCCCCCUUUUCAAUUGGGGGCUUAACAUUCUUGAAAGGACCAAAUAAUCCAUAUAAGCAUUUAGCAUUAAGAAAUACCAAAUAUUCAUGUAUGUUUAAGAAGAUACAGUAACUGGUUUCUGAAGUCGAUAGUAACUUAAUGUCGAUAUCAUUCUGAUUUGACAUGGUAAGUCAUAAACAGCUUGGAGUUGCAUAGGCCUCUGAUGCAAGCAUCCCUCCUAUGGUCCUACCUAGAAAGAUAAAAAGGUUGAGCAAAAAUAAUGGGGCUUGUAUGAGAACUCUAAGUUCAGUUAUUUAUUCGUGGUUAAAGAGGUUCGCUUCCUGGCACGGUCAUUUGCAGUUCCUGGCAACCAUCUUGGACAGCAGAGUAAUGGCUAUCGCUGGCCUUAUGGUCCUGUUGCAAUUAUUACUCCCUUUAACUUUCCUCUGGAGAUCCCACUAUUGCAGCUGAUGGGUGCACUUUACAUGGGGAAUAAGCCAGUUUUGAAAGUUGAUAGCAAGGUAAGCAUUGUUAUGGAGCAGAUGCUUCGUUUGCUACAUAAGUGUGGGCUGCCUAAGGAGGAUGUGGAUUUCAUCAACUCUGAUGGUAUAACAAUGAACAAGCUUUUAAUGGAGGCAAAACCACAAAUGACUCUCUUUACUGGAAGCUCACGAGUAGCAGAAAAGCUGGCUGCUGAUUUGAAAGGGCGGGUUAAAUUAGAAGAUGCAGGUUUUGGCUGGAAAAUCCUGGGUCCAGAUGUACAGGAGGUUGAGUAUGUAGCAUGGGUGUGCGAUCAGGAUGCCUAUGCUUGCAGUGGUCAAAAGUGUUCAGCACAGUCAAUGUUAUUUAUGCAUGAGAAUUGGGAUUCAACUAAACUCAUCUCCAUGAUGAAAGGUCUAGCAGAGAGAAGGAAACUUCAAGAUUUAACCAUAGGCCCUGUUCUUACUGUUACAACAGAAAGCAUGAUGGAACACAUCAAUAACCUACUUCAGAUUCCAGGAUCAAAGUUACUCUUUGGCGGAGAACCAUUAAUAGAUCAUUCUAUUCCAAAAAUAUAUGGAGCUAUGCAACCUACGGCUGUUUUUGUUCCCAUUGAGGAGAUCCUCAAAGAAAACAAUUUUGCUUUGGUGACAAAAGAAAUUUUUGGCCCCUUCCAGAUUGUUACACAGUACAAGCAAGAUCAACUUAACAUGGUUUUGGAUGCUUGUGAGAGGAUGCAUGCUCAUCUAACUGCUGCAGUUGUAUCGAACGAUCAAUUAUUCUUGCAGGAAGUUCUUGGGAGAUCUGUGAAUGGGACGACAUAUGCUGGUAUGAGAGCAAGGACAACAGGAGCUCCCCAAAAUCACUGGUUUGGGCCUGCUGGAGAUCCGAGAGGUGCGGGAAUUGGAACCCCUGAAGCGAUCAAACUUGUGUGGUCUUGCCACCGGGAGAUCAUAUGCGACAUCGGUCCCUUGCCUAAGAACGAAAUAUGUGGCUGGAAGCUUGUAACAGUGCUGUUAAAAUAUGGAUUGAUGAAAUGAUGGUAUUUUCAGCUCAAAGAGUCGGACUAAAUAAAAUAUUAGCAAGGGUCCAUCACGUCUCAUAGAGCUAUGUCUUGAUCACCUGCAGCUGCAUAAACGCAUAAAAGCAGAAGGCCGUAUGCAAAUUUCUAACUAGUUCUCGUC